UAUGAAACGACGGUACGGAGUUAAAACGUUUGGCAAGUAAGAGGCUCUCUGUGAUUGAGAGUCACUUGCUGGGGCUAGCCUAGUGUUCACCAGUAAGGUAGGACGGCUGUGCUGUAGCAGGAGCCUGCGCAGUGAGACCGGUUCACAGCUGGGUGCAGCGCCACCAGAGAAGGAAGCGGAGUUUCCGGUUGUUUGCAGCGGAGAGUGAGGAUUGCCAACCCCGCGAUACCCGAGAAAAACGCCGCCGACUUGGGGGCUAACAUUUUCCAGCAUCUGUAGUGGUGGUUUUCUUUCAUACUGGGGAUCUGGGGGCUACUUCUUUUUUACGCGCCGAGAGGGCCGGAUAGAAAACCGAGCAAAGAAGCGGCACAAGGCGGGGGUUAGCCACCAGCUACCGGCAUGGCCAGGGACUACGAUUACCUCUUCAAGCUGCUCAUUAUCGGUGACAGCGGAGUGGGGAAGAGCAGUCUGCUACUGCGAUUUGCAGACAACACAUUUUCAGGUAGCUAUAUCACCACAAUUGGAGUGGACUUUAAGAUCCGGACGGUGGAGAUCAACGGGGAGAAGGUGAAGCUACAGAUCUGGGAUACAGCAGGGCAGGAGCGCUUUCGCACCAUCACCUCCACAUACUACAGAGGCACACAUGGCGUCAUAGUGGUAUACGAUGUCACAAGUGCAGAGUCUUUCGUCAACGUCAAACGAUGGUUACAUGAAAUCAACCAGAACUGUGAUGAUGUGUGCCGAAUAUUAGUGGGAAACAAGAACGACGACCCCAAUUCCAAGGUGGUUGAGACGACUGACGCGCAAAAGUUUGCAGAGCAGAUGGGAAUCAGCCUUUUUGAGACGAGUGCAAAAGAGAAUAUCAAUGUUGAGGAGAUGUUCAACUGCAUUACAGAGCUAGUGCUCAGGGCCAAGAAGGAGGUGCUCGCCAAGCAGCAGCAGCAGCAACAGAACGAUGUGGUCAAACUCACCCGGAACAGUAAACGAAAGAAAAAGUGCUGCUAGCAAACUCGAAGCCAUCCACAAAAGGCCGGCGGCGUCUUUUCUUCAUACACACAAACACACACGAUGGGACUAAGAGCAUCUAAAUUAAAGAGCAGAUAAAGAUUUAAUAAAUAUAUGUUGAAAGAAAAAAUAAACAAACAAAUGGAAAACAUGUCCCCUUUGGACAAACUAAUCAUGAAGACUUUUAAAAUAAAUGUACAGAUUUUAUUAGAGGUCAGAUCAAGUUUUAUUUGGAAUUCAGCAGAUGAGGACCUCAGGUCAAUAGUGCCCCUUUGUGAAAGGAUCUGCAAGCUGACGACUGACCACCAUAAUGCUCACAUUUCUAUCCGCAUAAUUUCACAUCCUUCCAUCAGUAUCUCACCUCCUCAUUCCACAGCACAUGGGACGUUGGGAGUUGUGUUCGACUCUCCGCCUGAGAAGAAGGAGGGCUCCCCUUUUCUGGAUUCAUUUGUUUCUUGUUAGUUUUAUAUUUUUGGGGCGUGGGGGUGUUGUUUGGUUGGUCAGGGGGUGUGAGUAAGAGCGGACAUCUCUGCCGUUUCAACAUUUUCAGACACCUGCUCACGCCGGCAGAUCAUGAACUACGAGGUUUAGUUUUAUUUGACUUGAUGGGGGAAAAUCACAGCGAUGAUGAUGGUGAAUGUUAGACGACCUUUAUUAACUAAUCCAAUGGACAGAACUGGUGACUUGUCAUGUUUAUUUUUUCUUUGUUUGUGAUUUGCCAAGCUUCCUACCUUCUCCCCUCUAACCUCCAGUAGUGCUGAGCCAACAGUUGAUCUAAUUUUAACUUUGUCUGUUCUUUUGAAGUGCAGUAGAGCGGUUGACCCACUCUUGGAGCUCUGGGACUUCUGGCUCCAAUGACACCGCGUACUUCAGUCUUACUAGGCUUUCAGAGUUCGCUUUUAAGCCUUUUUCUCCACAUACAUUUUUUUCAUCAUUGAUCCUGCCAGCACACACACAUCAGCACUUCUCAGAGGGACAGACGCAGCUCUUGUUUUUGACCACUUGUGGGGCGCGAGGAGACUCUUUCUCUGGAAACUCGUUCUUCAUAAUCGUCCGACUGACGUCCAGUCCAUAGCAGACUGUGUACCCCUGGUUUCUGAGCAUGCAACACUUUGUUUGAAGGGGUGUGUAAAAGGUGAUGUAUGACAUGCCGUGUUUUCUUUUCUUUGCUUUUCCCUGGAACAACCCCCACUACCUGUUCAGCUUGAGUGUUACUGGACAGUGUUUUCGGCAGCCAUGAUGAGAGUGUGGCAGACAGUGGGACUGGUAAUGUAUGAACUGCAGCUGUGGAUCCCAUUGUGUUUGGGCCUGAACUCCUCUCCUUCUCUGUGCGCACUGCCAGGGUUUGUUGCAGAGACUGUAGCACCGUAUGGUGUUUGUUACUGACGUGCUUUGUUUUUUUGAGAGACUAUCAAAUGGAGAAAGCUAGAGUGAAAGUUCUGUUGCAGACAUGUAGUUUUCAGACUCUGGCAGCUGGGUCAGCGUUUUGAUAGGUUGCUGCAACAUCAAGGGCCUAGAAAUGGUAUGACAUCUCAUGGUUUAUGAUUUCUAUUCAUUAUGUGUAUGUGUAUAGAUAUAUAUAAAUAUAUUUGUGUUUAUAUUCAUUAUAGAACAUACACACAUGAUUAGCACACCAAAGUUUGCAUGUGUUAAACAUGCCCUGUGUGCUAUGGUUGAAACACACUCGUCAGCUGUGGUUUGCUGUACACUGGAGAAAAAGAUGUACUAUUCAUUUUCCCUAAAUGAAUUUAUUCUGUAAUAAACAUUUUAAAAAAUAAAUAUUUGGCACAUAAUGACUUAUCUCCUUUGUCAGUG